UUCCUACGUAUUAAAGAGAAAAUCGAACAGCACUUGUACAGCUGGUUAAUCGUCUUUCUGGCACUCUGUGUGCGUCCGCUCUUUUCUUCUCCAAUGGAACCAUCAUAAUAUUGGAUUGCCACCGGCUUCCAGCAGGCAGCAAACACACUAACCCCGAAUGUGAAUCGAUCACUACUUCAAUCUGCCACGCUUUCAACUCUGCCUCUGUGCCCAUGUCAUUCUGAGUUUCCUUCUCUCCUCAGGACCUCCAAAGACCAUGGCCGACACCAUUAGGAUCCUGGUUGCGACCGACAACCAUGUGGGCGCUCAUGAGCGUGACCCAAUUCGGGGUGACGACUCGUGGAAAACGUUCCACGAGAUCAUGUGCCUGGCGAAAGAACGCGACGUCGACAUGGUCCUGCUGGCAGGAGACUUGUUCCACGAAAACAAGCCUUCACGAAAAUCAAUGUACAACGUUAUGCGGUCCUUACGAUUGAACUGCCUCGGUGACAAACCUUGCGAGCUAGAGAUGCUCAGUGAUGAAUCCGAACACUUCGACGCCACCUUUGACCACGUCAACUAUGAGGAUCAAAAUAUCAAUGUCGCAAUACCAGUCUUCUCCAUCCACGGCAACCACGACGACCCUACAGGUGAUGGCCAUUACGCCGCGCUGGAUCUGCUGGCUGUCUCCGGUCUCAUCAACUACUAUGGCAAGACGCCUCAAAGUGACAACAUCGAGGUCAAGCCGGUCCUCAUACAGAAAGGCCGCACGAAACUGGCUCUCUACGGCUUAUCCAAUGUCCGAGAUGAGCGUCUCUACCGCACGUUCCGCGACCACAAGGUCAAAUUCCACCGCCCCAGUACACAAAUGGGUGACUGGUACAACCUGAUCUGCGUUCACCAAAACCAUCACGCUCACUCAGAAACAUCAUAUCUCCCGGAAAACUUCCUGCCAAAUUUCCUCGACCUCGUCAUUUGGGGCCACGAACACGAGUGCGAGAUCGAACCUCGCUUGAACCCAGAGAUGAACUUCCGAGUAAUGCAGCCAGGCUCAUCCGUCGCCACAUCCCUCAUCCCCGGCGAAGCUGUGCCCAAGCACGUUGCCAUCCUGUCAAUCACCGGCCGUGAAAUGAAGUGCGAGCCAAUCCGCCUGACCACUGUCCGACCUUUCGUGUACAUGGACAUGGCCCUCAGCACCGACAAAGAUGCCGUGAAGAUCGCGAAGAGCAAAGACGACCAUCGCACCCAGCUUACGCAGCACUUGAUCAAAAUCGUCGACGACCUGAUUGACCAGGCAAGACAAGAGUGGCAGGAAGCACAAGAUGAGAGACAAGCCGACAUCGACGAACCUGAAGAAUGUCCCCUCCCACUGAUCCGUCUCCGAGUCGAAACCAGCUCAGCUGACGGCGUUGGGAAAUUCGACACCGAAAACCCACAGCGCUUUUCGAACCGUUUCAUCGACAAGGUCGCCAAUACCCAUGAUGUGGUCCAGUUCCAUGUCAAGAAGAAAAACGCAGCGGCGCGCGCCGCACGAAACGAAGCUGCGGAUCGCGAGAUUAUGGAGAAAUUCCAGGGCGUCGAGAGCGUCAAGGUGGAAAAACUCGUGCAGGAGUUUCUGCAGGCGCAGUCUCUCACCAUUUUGCCCCAGAACUACUUCGGCGAUGCAGUGAGCCAAUAUGUCAACAAGGACGACAAGCAUGCCAUGGAGUUGUUCGUCAACGAGUCGCUUGCAGACCAGAUCAAAGCACUCGUCAGACUACAGGCCGACACGAACGAGGACGAAGAGGAUGAGGAUCUUGCCACUCAGAUCGAAGAACAACGCGCGAGGAUGGAGGAGAUGUUCGCCAAAGGCCUGCUGAAAGCUUCCGCGAAUAAAGCCCGUUUCAAGCCCAAGCCCGAAGGCUGGGACACUGAUCUGGAAGGAGAAUGGGAGGAACAGCCUGCCGCCCUGAUUCGGAGUUCGGAAGAUCUGGAGGACCAUGAUGGUGGUGAAGAGGAGGAAGAACAAGAUAGCACACCUGCUCCGCGGACAACAGCACGAGGUCGAGGGCGUGGCCGUGGACGCGGUAGAGGUGCAACGUCAACGUCUACGAGAAAGACGACCACCACGACCACGAAGAAGCCCCCCGCCACCACCACCACGACACGAGGAAAGAAAAGAGCUGUGCCUGACGACGACGACGAAGAUGACGAGGAAGAUGAUGAUGUUGUCAUGUUCGAUGACGAAGACGAGGAGGACAACUCGCAGGCUAUGUUCUUUCCCGACAAACGAAAGAAUGCUACUGCAAGCUCGAGUACGAGAGGGAGGAAAGCUGCGUCGCCACCAGUCAGGAAGACGCCUGCUCGUGGUGCUACCUCGCGGACGGCAAAACAAUCGACUCUGAAUUUUACCACGUCGCAGAACAGUAUCCUCGCGAAUGGACGGAGUUCGGGAGCGCGAGGUCAGAGUAUUGAAAUCGAGGACGAUGACGACGACGAUGCUUUCGAGCCGAUCCCGGCGACGAGGAGAAGACGAUGAAAAUGACCCACAUCGUUAUCGUCAGAACUGUCACAGAGGGCCUUGGGAAGGGAAAUAAUGUACGAUACAUACCGAACAUGAGUAACAGACAACUUUAUUGUGACACCAAUACUGUGGUGAUGCUAAGUUGAAGUGACAGGCAGCUAGCUGUACAGUAAUGAACGGAAUAAUCCAUGGAUGUCAAAC